AUGACCACGGCCGAUGAUGACGAGAGGCUAGCGGUGACAGCUGUACAGCAAGAAUCGCCGACCUCACGUUUCACAGCCGUGAAUGGAAAGGACCAACUCCCGCAAAAUGGGCCGGGCAACGUAAAUGGGCCCCCUUCACGAAGGAACUCGGAUGAGAGAGCAAAUGGCCAACCAAGAAUUGUGCCUCCGGGACAGGAAAAGCUAAAGAUUUCGACAUCAACUCAAAGGGAGGAUUGGGGUGCUGCCAAUGGAGACCGAAACCCUUAUCACCAAGCACUAUCUCACCCAAAUACCCCUUACCCAGAUACUGACGGAUCUCACAAGCGAAAGAGAUCUGAUUCAAUUGGCCAGAACGCGUCGGCAAAUACAUAUCCCCACACACAUUCAUCAUCCACAAAACAAACCCCAACGACAGCUACAACCACUACUACUGACGGCGACACACCCCGGGACCAAAACAUGCCACCUCCUUCAGGGCAUCCACAUUCGUAUGGCUCGGAAAGCCAUUACCACGACAACGACGAGGUUCCUGAUAGUGCCAUCUCCAUGCUGGAAAACGCACCACCCAGCGCUGUUUAUGGAGGCGAGCCGUGGCACAGUCGAUAUCAACAUGGUCACAUGAGCGAUGAGCGCCUUUCUGCGGCAUUACGACGAGAAACGCAGAGCAUUGAUGCCCGGCAACGUGAAUAUGAAGAUGGAAGCCCUGACGACGAUCGAUCUGCAAACCCAUAUGAUAGCUACGGUAAUGAUAGAAGAGAAAUGUCGGUACAGUCGGACCCCAAGAAGAGAAAGCGCAAUUUCAGCAACCGAACCAAGACAGGAUGCAUGACUUGUAGACGACGGAAGAAGAAAUGCGAUGAAACCAAGCCAGAGUGUAAGUAUUCACUCUCCCGCAUCCAAAAAUAAACAUGCACAUACUGACCAACCAAUAAGGCACCAAUUGUCUCCGAGGGGGGUUUGUUUGUUCUGGAUACCAACAACGAGGCCCAUGGCAGAAAACCGAGCAGAAGCAGGCGCUUAUAGCACUGCAGUCAAAAACGGAAUAUGAAGGCCCAGCCUACCAAUCAUCGCCUUACGGUUUGGGACCGCCGCCGCGUAGGGAACCGUUGCCAGGUUAUCGAGGUCAAGGCCUUCGUGUCGACCCACAACACGGCCGCCCCAUUGAUGUUGAUGACGACCAGCCCAGUACUUCAACGCUACCCAGCGUUUCUGUUACAAGUCCUGACAAUAAUCGAGUUCCAACCAUAUCAUACUCUGGACAAACAGCAACGCCCAUCACAGCUUCAAGUAGUAGCCACCCGGAUCGAUUAUUUAAGAAACCUUACGAGACACGGCCGGGACCUCUUCACGACCUUUCGAGACAAGAGACGCGACAAGAAGAGACCCUCACACCCCAAUCAGCAUCCUCGAACAUAACUCAAAUCAUACAUCCACAAAUGAGUUCAGAAAGCCCUCACACCAAUCCCCAGGUGGCAGCUCAACUAGCACUGGCAAACCUGGGCUCUACCACUCGACAACCUACCGCGAAGGAAUUGAUGCUGGCUGGCCGCCACUACUUUUCAUUUGACAAGGAGCUUGUUCUUGAACGUGAGCGAUGCAAUGGAUCAUGUUGGCGUUUCAACGGAAGCACCAAUCCCAACAAUGGUGUCUCACCAGAAGAACGUGCCCGUCUCUUCCGAGAUAUCUUACAACCUAAAGAAAUCUCCUCCCCAACUGGUACAUCAGUUGUGAAUCCAGCAGGUCGAGUUGGUGAUAAUGUGGUUGUGGAAGCACCAUUCAAUUGUGACUAUGGUUAUAAUAUUACCAUUGGUCAAGAUGUGGCCAUUGGCAAGAAUUGCACCAUUCUCGACACCUGUCAAGUCACCAUCGGCGAUAGAUGUAACAUCGGACCCAACGUCAACAUCUACACUACCACACUUCCCAUCGAUCCAAGAAAGAGAAUGGGCUCCCGAGGUCUCAGCCUAGGAAAGAAGGUCACCAUUGCGAACGAUUGCUGGAUCGGAGGCGGGGUGAUUAUCCUUCCGGGUAUCCUAAUUGGCGAAGGUAGUACGGUGGGAGCUGGAUCCGUGGUGACAAGGGUAAGUUGAUCAACUCUAAUUUAACUCUUAUUUUCAGCCGCACCAACAACUCCACCAACAUGAUCCUUCGAGAUGCUAACUCAGCUCCUCGCCUAGGAUGUUCCGAAAUAUACGGUUGUUUGCGGCAAUCCUGCGAGGGUCUCUCGAGGCAUCGGCACGUAAUGGAAGGAUGUACCAUCGUCUCAACUAUUUUUGACAGCCAUUUUUUGGUGUUGUGUUGUGCUUUUCAUGUUUGCGUUUCCUUGUGGACAUCGACGACCCUGCCGACGAGUCUCCUUUUUUAUACCCCUUGGGCUUUUGAUAUGUUAUAUCUGUUUAUUCUCGGUUGGUGUGUUGGUGUAUGGGAAGUGUGCACAAAUACGUUACUUAACGAUGAGGAGACCUUUUUCUUUUCUCUUCUUGUCCGGGAAGGAAGGGUCUUCCGGCUUCGUCUCUUCUUGUUUUUCUUUCUUGCACUAGUAUCCUUCUUUUUUUUUUGUUUAUACUUUUUCUCUUUCUUCAUUCUUUUUUUUUCCUUCUCUUUUUUCAUUUUCGAAUGGAGGAAAAGGAAAUGUGUGUAUAGGUAGAUAUCAUGUAUCAUGGGUAUGCAUGACAGGGAGGAAUGGAUGGAUGGAUGGGUGGAUGGCAUGGCAUGGCAUGGACGGACGGGAUGAAAGAGUAGCGAUAGGAACAGGGCAGGACAGGAAUAGGAAUAGGGAUGGGGAUAGGACAGGGAUAUGAACAGGACUGGUGGACAUGGUAUGGAUGGAUAUUGGAUAUGGAGUUUACUAGUAGCUGGUUGCUAGUAGAACAGUACAUUAUAUAAAAGGCAUGUAAAGGAGGGAGGGAUAGCUACCUAGAUAUGGAUGGAUGGAUUCAUGGGGAGAGGGAUGAAUAAGAAGUAAUCAUGAUUAUAUUAUAUUAUACCCA